AUAUGUCUGACGGCCAUGGUUUACUUUUCUGAUCAAAUCUCAAGAAAAUAGAUUUUUCUUUGUUCUUCACGAUCUAAUAUUAAUAUUUUCAGACUGCAUGUAAUUGCAGCUAACUGAGUCAGCGCAGCAAUGGUUAAGAAAAAGAGACAAAGUGAUCCUGGCGAAAACGGGGACGAGUCCACUGAAUCCUGUGACGAAAACGUCAAAUCCGCAUGUCCUCACGUUGCCAAGGCUGUUGAUCUCACACGCCUCAAGAAGUCUCUGAAGACGGGAGGAUUCGACAAAGAAUGUGCUGAAUGCAAGAAAAACGCCAAAAAUGAGAUACCUGACCCAGAUUUUGAAGAAGAUCUCACUCUGUGGAUGUGUCUUCGCUGUGGGACUCAGCUGUGUGGUCGAGCUCGCAACAAGCACGCCUUGAAUCACUUCAACACUCCCCAUUCUGACUGCCAUGCCCUCACAGCCAACACCACAACCUGGGAAAUCUACUGCUACAACUGCAACAACGAAGUCACAGCUUCAAGCUCCAAAAAACUUCACGAGUGCAUAGAAUACCUCAAAAAGCAAGCAAUGGCUGUUGUGAGUCCUAAAUCUUUGCCACCUUUAGAAUUACCAUAUGAAAACAAAUUGAAAGUAGAGCUUGCAUUGCCUGUAGAUUCUCUAUUAAAUAAAGCAGAUAAGGGCAAAGAUAAAGCGAUGGCUUUGAAUCUACCAAGAGUUAGGGGAUUAUCAAAUUUAGGAAACACAUGUUUUUUCAAUUCUGUUAUGCAAUGCUUAGCACAAACACCGUAUUUGCUACAAGUUUUGCAAGAGAUGGCCUCUCCUGGUGAAAGGUUCACAUUACCGGGUGGGAAGCUGAAGCUGAAGACAGACAGUGAUGAAGUUAAGGAAGUAGAUCUCCCCCCGAUUGCUGGGCAGUUGGCUGAAUGGGGAACUCUCACUAGAACUCUUGCGGAAACAUUAACUGAAUUGCAAUCAGGUGAAGGUGGUGUUUAUACUCCCAGAAAACUGCUGAUGUUUCUUGUAAACAAAUUACCCCAGUUUGGUGGAGGUGACCAGCACGAUGCGCACGAACUCCUCAGGCAUAUGUUGGAGGCAGUCAGAUCUGAAGACCUACGCCGGUAUCAAUCAGUAAUUCUGAACAGUCUUGGCAUGAGUUCUAAGGUGGACCCUGCCAAGGUAGACGGUGAAGUGAAGCAGAAGGUCAAGUUCUACGGUCAGCAAGCGUCUGAUACUAUGCUAAGGCCAGAACAGGUAUUCCGUGGCUUCCUGGUGUCCACCCUGGAAUGCCAAGAGUGCCUGCAGCAGUCAGACCGAGCUGAGUAUUUUCUCGACCUCUCUUUACCCGUGGCUGCUUCGCGUCCGCAGCCUCCAGCCUUGAGGACCAGGAAGAGCACCAACGAGGAUAAUUUGUACAAUGCACAAGAUGAGAGCAAACCUUCAAAGCAUCAGCUGAAGAAGGAGAGAAACGCUGCGAGGAAGGCGGCACGCAAAAACAAAGGUGGUAACUCUACAACUAAAGAAGAAAAUUCAAUUACGGAAGCCAACGGCACCGCAAAAGACGACGGUAAGUCCUCCUCAGAAUCUGACGCAGAUGUGGAAGAUAAUCUGGAAGAUGCCCCCAAAGUUAACGACACUCACACCGUGUCCGUAGGCACGCAGGCUUUAGCCCACACAGCAGCUAACUUCGCCGCCUACCACAUGGAAUCUGGAUACAAUUCCGAAAAGGUCAUCAGCUCAGAUUCCAUCCGCACCAGCCCCGUAGACUUGGACAAGGAGAAAACAGACAGUACCCCAGAACACGCCGACAAGGACAAGACAGAAUUUGUCGACUCAUCCACCUCGACUACAGCUAUACCCCUGGACUACAAACCUCUUAUUUCACUAGAGAACCUCUCCAAUCCAGAUUCGGGCGUCGCCAGUCCUGAAGCUACCAAACAUAACUCGACGGAAACCGUGGACAACGUAGACUCGCCGAUAAACGGCAAAGAAAUGGGCAGCCACAGCUCGCUGUCCAGCGAAAUUAACUUGGAUUUAUCGAGCCCGCAACUCAGCAAGUUGUCACCGGAGAAAGAAUUCGAGAAGAACGGUCCCAGAAUGGAAUUGGAGAGGCCUCCGUCGAGAAGAUCCUUCGGGCCGGAAUACUCUAAUGAAGUCGUUUCGAGAGGCAUCAGCGUGCAGGGCUGCAAGAACCUACUGGAGAACAGUGGAGAGAGCAGCUACGAGUCGCAUCCCGAGAAUAAGACCAAAGACGUAUUCGACGUCUGCCAGGAGCUAAAGCUGGCAAUGGACGAUUUUAAAACAAAGAAGCCCACGUUACCUUCACCGGUAUCGAUGGAUGAGCCAGACCCGCCACCAGUCCCUAGGCCAAAAAUCAAAAACGUCGACUUGGAGAAGAGCAUCCAACGCGAUUUCUUGUCGUACUCCCGCCAGAGUCCGUCGUCCCCGAGAUACAUCUGCGACGAGGACGAAUGCAGCAUCCAGUCCUGUCUCAGCCAGUUCACCGCCCUGGAAUUGCUCACGGGCAACAACAAAGUCGGCUGCGAGACUUGCACGGAACGCAUCAACGGCAAAGGCGGCAAGACUGUAUACACUAACGCCACCAAACGGUUCCUGGUGUCUAGUCCUCCCGCAAUCCUCAUCCUGCAUCUGAAACGGUUCCAGAUCGGGCCGCGCUGCAUGUUCAGGAAAAUGUCCAAGCACGUGGAUUUCCCUACGGUUUUGGAUCUAGCGCCGUUCUGCGCUAUGGAUAAACUUAAAAAGCUGCCGAACGUAGCGCGCGGGCAGAUGGAGCUGUUGUAUUCGCUUUACGGGGUCGUGGAACAUUCUGGGGGCAUGCACGGAGGACAUUACGUGGCUUAUGUGAAAGUCAGAGGGCCAGUGAAGGCUGGAGAUCCCCGAUGGUGGUUCCUGCCUAAAAGUGCUAAUACUGUUCCACCGCCGGCCGGCAGCGGCGACGGCGAUGCCGACUCGGAAUCGGAUUUAUCAGGUUACGAAUCGGGCGAAGGACCCGCUUCCACAGCCGAACCACCUCCAGGAAAAUGGUACUACGUCUCGGACAGCAUGGUCUCCGAAGUCACCGAGGAAAAGGUUCUUCGAGCGCAGGCGUACCUGCUCUUCUACGAGCGGAUCCUAUAAUCCCAUUACCUCAGACGGGCCUGAUGAAUGUUAAUUUGCAUUGGAGUGGCAUUUAAGUGGAAGACUGAUGCUUAGAAUCGGAUUUAGAUGGCGUCUCACGUUCCGAGUGCUGUAUAUAGCUCACUUUAACUAUUGUGCUUUCUCUUAACCGUUUAUGUUACGUUUUAUGUUAUUAUUUCGCUUCGCGUUGGUUCACGAGUCGUGCUGAUAGAAUGAGAUGAACUCUGUCCUGUUUUAACUGUCGAAUGAAAUAAACUGUAUGAAAAGCCGACGCUUUUGUGGAUUCGAUUUUAUUGGUUGUUUAGCUGCAUCGAGGUGUAAUGUUCUCAUUGAUACGUAUCGUACGUACACUUGCAAAUUCAUCCAGGAGAUAGAAGCAUAGAGCAACACGGGAUGGGAAUAGCCAUAGCGACAUAAUACUAUUCAAAUAAUUUCUUAUUUUUUUUGCAUGCCCCCCCCCC